AUGGCAAAAGCAUAUACACAAAAUGAGUUUGAUAUGCUUAUGGAAAAGGUUGAGAAAGUGGAUAUUCGUGUGAAAAAUUACUUGGAGGAAGCUGGACGAGACAAGUGGGCUAGGAUUUAUGCUCCAGUCAACCGAGCAUGGACAAUGACAUCUAAUAUUGCCGAGUCUAUCAAUUCAUCAUUCGUAGAGGUAAUACCAUCAACUGAAUACGUGCACACAGUAAUCGAUCAAGGGUGGCGUUUUAUAGUUUGUAUUGAAAAGAAAAAUUGUAGUUGCAAAGAGUUUCAAAUGGAGGAGAUUCCCUGCCCAAGUGCUUAG